CGCGGCAUCUCUGCUUCUCUCAAGUCCUCAAAUGCGCGACUUUCACCGUCGGCAGAACCAGAGGAUGUCGAGGCCCGGUUCGUGUUAACGGAACAUGUUAAUAUGAGGAUAAAGAGAUAAAAUACCGGCCCGGUUGAGUCCCAGUUCAGUUCAGCGAAGGCGGCGUGACGAUGUUUGCUGUCGACUGAAGUCCACUCCAAGAAACAACAUGAAGAGGAGGCUGCUGCGCGGGUUCCUGUCGGAGGUUUCCGUCCGGCUGGCGCUGCUGGUGGUGUUCCUUGUGACGGAGCAGCUUCCUCCUUUCUACCGAGAGAUCCAGGCGGAGGAGAUGUGGCUGUACAAGUUCCAUCGCGUGGAGAGAGACCACGUGCCCACCUCGCUCAUGUUUAGCGUGGCGGUUUUCACCCCCUUGAUUGUCAUCCUGGUUUUCACCUACCUGAACAAGUCGGAGCGCGGAGAUCUGAAAGAAGCCUCACUGGCUGUGACGCUGACUCUGGUGCUGAACGGAGUUUUCACCAAUGCCAUCAAACUCGUUGUCGGCAGGCCGCGACCAGACUUCUUUUACCGCUGCUUCCCGGACGGUCAGAUGAACCUGGAGCUGCGAUGCAGCGGUGACCCAGAUGUGGUCAUCGAGGGCAGAAAGAGCUUUCCCAGCGGACACUCUUCCUUUGCGUUUGCCGGUUUGGGUUUCACGGCGCUGUACAUCGCAGGAAAGCUGCGCUGCUUCACUUCAGCUGGACAAGGCCGAGCGUGGCGGCUGUGUGCCUUCCUCACCCCUCUGCUCAUCGCGACUGUCAUCGCCCUGUCCAGAACCUGCGACUACAAACAUCACUGGCAAGACGUGCUGGUGGGCUCUCUGCUGGGCCUCUCCUUCGCCUGGCUCUGCUACCGGCAGCAUUACCCUCCGCUCCAGGACCCCGACUGCCACAGACCUCUGCGUCACAGAGAGACUGUUCCGGCCGCACAGGAGCGCAAGCUGGCCAACUCCAACUACAUCCUGCCCCUGUAGACGCGCCGUAACUGCAUCGUUCUCUUAACUGGUGUCAUUUUUACCGGGUUACUCUGGUUGUCAUAUCUCUAGGGCUGGGCAGCAUAUCAGUAUUUAUUCUUUAGCAUCAGUCAUUGUAACUGUAUUGUAGGAGUUUAGUUUUUGUAUGGUGACACAGUUUGUUUUUUUCUGAACUACAAAGUAAUUAGGGAGUCAGGUUUCUCUUGAAUGCUUUCUGAGACAUUUGAGAGCUGCAUUAGCACAGCAACAGUCCAACGCGGUGGACGUCAGCGACACACACCACCUGAAGUGUACACCUAGAAAGAUGUCAUUACAUCCUGGCUGGAUGGACUUUAGAGGUCCUCUAGUUGUCAUGGAGUUGUUUUCCCACGUGGCCCAGCUCUGCACACGCUGUGUACUGUGCCUAUAGAUCACAUAGAACUCCUCACAACAGCUGAGCAGGUCAACAACACGACCACUGCACUAUUUAGUCCACUGCCCAUCGAUCCCUGGCUCAGCUGAUGUGAAACGGUUUCUCGCGUAAGGUCACUAUUUUGUAAACUUUUUAAAACAGGCUCGAGGGAAGAUACCCGAAUGCUGUAUUUGGUUUCUGCGCAUGGAUGUUCAUUGUUGACCUUUAGGAACAAUCUAUGGUGAAUAAGAUCAAAGCUCAAAACGCUGCUCGCUGAGAAGUUCGAGCCACAUUUUCUGGUCUUUUGGAGGCAGAACAAACACCACGAGCUGGGGUCAAACUUCUAUUUAUCCUGCUGGUUAAAGCAUCGGAAUAGCACAAGCACACGUCUCAGAACUUCACGUCUAAGCUCACGUGACGACCCGUGAGCCCGCUGCGUUCACAGACGAAUCCAAAAAUCCAAGUGGUUCUUUGAGCUUAGAUUCUUUUCACCAUAAAAUAUUUAGUUUACUCAAAAGAAAACCGGUCAAGUGAGAGACGUCUGCGUGGGCGAUAUGGACCUUGUGAUAAUGCCUUUUUUCAACAAAACAAAAAGAUCAGAUAAAGAUAAGAAUGUGUUUGUUAAGCCUGCAAAUUAAAAUCCACUAAUGCUGCCAUGAAGUGAUUCGAAGCAGCAACGGCCAAUUAAAUUCCUAUUAAAGAGCAAAGGGGGCAGUACUCUGUCGCUUUGUUCCCAUGAAGGAAACCAGAAAUCCGUUCUGCAGAUAUGAAACGUAGUCAGAAAUAUGUCGUUUUAUUCCUUAAAAACUAAAUCAUUUUCUUUUUUUACUGGGUGGGAGUGUAGUUUUCGACUAAAAUGACUCAAUACUUCUUUAACUUGGAGCUAUUUUACACAUUUUAAGUAGUUUUUGAGUGAAGCUGUGCGGCAGAGAGGGAAUAAAUCUCUCAGAGUUGUUUUUGCUCUUUCAUGGGAUUCGUUGACGAUAAGAACGAUUGUAGUUUAUCCUUCAGUCGGACACUUCUAAACCUGUGUCGUCACGUUGCCCACCUCACUUCCAUCUAAAGGCAGGUUCAUCUAAAACAACUAGUGCUUUAACUUUCCGUCUUCCUGUUGUAGAUUUUGAAUGUUUGCAUUCAGUUUCUUGACAAACAUCUGGAGAGCUAUUAUCACGUAGUCUCGCAUCCUGAGCGGCACCACUUUGUGUUUCUCCGGUGCCUCCUGUACUCUGAACCGUCGUCUCGUCUCUGAUCUAACCAGACAGCACAUCCCAUCACGAGUUAGCCUGAGACAAACGUCUGUGGUCUCAGGCUCGCUGCAGGUCUGGUUUUCGUAGCCGCACGCCGGCUCCGUCCUGAAUGUUCACCAGAAGUGGAGAGAGACGUGGUGGAACCAGAUCCUCCUGAUGUACCUGGACCGUAACCUCUCCGGGUGAUGGUGCUAGCCUCCCAGCGCUCCUGCUGGUCGGGUUUUAUUAUCCUGUUAAUAGUUGGCACGUGAAGUUUGGUGUCUUUAUUAUUUUUAAAUCCGUGAAUGCUACCGUUUAUGGUUUGAUUCCUUUGUCACUCUGUUUUCAGUUCAUUAUGCUCACGCCGUUGGUUUCGGAAAUGGCUUCAAAUGUACACGUUACAUUUCCUGUUUUUUCCAGGGGAACCUUCAAACCUCAUAUUUGUUUUUGCUCGUCGCUGUGACUCGCGGCGGCGGCUUCAGACCAAACCUGGCAGAAAAUAUCAUGACUUUGUGCCUUUGUUUACAUCACUCUGAGUUAAAGAAUGAAGUGUAUGCUGCAUGUUACAGUGUAUGCUCUCCGUUAUGUUAUCUCAAUCUUUUUCUUUUAAAUAUUUUCCUGUGUAUAGGAUUCACUUGUUUAGUUUUUAAAUGUGGCAUGCUGCCUUUCUUUACCUCAGAAAAAAAAACAAAAAACUUUUAAUGAAUUUAGUUGUCGAUGGAGUCAAAUGUGAAGAUUUCUGUGCGGUGAGUGUUAACAGUUACAACCGAGGGGUUAAAGGAAAACUUUUACUUUGGGACCUUUAAGACGAACAACAUCUGAAUUUACUCGCUCAGUCUUGCAGGUGUUUUUAAGAUGUGUUUAACUUUGGGGGGGGCAUGUCGGAGUUUACUUGAAUUUUCAAUAUUUGUUACUUUAAAUGUUAAGAUCGUGAAAACGGGAGUCGUAUUCGUGGGUUCGCAGGUUUCUGGGGGAGCUUUAAGACAAAAAAAAAAAUGAAAAAGUUUGUUAGAUUUUGCUGCAUUUUGAUAAAAUCCUGCAUGUUCACAGCUCAACAGCAACACGUUUUCCUCAUGACUUCCAUCCAUGCUGUUCGUUUACGUGGUUCUCGGCACACUGUUCGAUCACGUCUAGUCUCCUUCAGAUCAUGACACGGGAUUCCACUCAGACUUUGCCUGUUUGCUUUAUUUACGUCACGACCACACAGUAGCUGCUGUCCACGUUGUGAUGCUUUCAGUGACUCUCUUUGUGACACUAAAUGCCGUUUUGAAAUAGCCUUACAUAAUACACACGGUCCUUUGCUCUUUUGACUCCCGGUUUUCGAUACACGUGACGGUUAAUUGGUGACAAAACAGAGACACAAAUAUGCACAACAAAUUGUGAAGCAGCAAUGAGCGUUUGUAGAAUAGCAACAAUGUUCUGUUUUCUAGCUGCGGUUUGUUUCUUCUCUUUGUAGAUCUGCACUGGGAAGCGGUUUCCUGGUGUGUUUGUAUGUAUUUCAACAGGAGGGAAUGUCAACUCUCAGAUUCAAGUCACCGUUCUCGCCGCCUGUCUCCUCGUUGAAGCAUGUCAUUCUGAUUAAACUGAUGAAUUUAAUGGAGUAUUGUGGUCAGAGUUGUGGAUGUGGGCAGGAAUUAAGGAAAAAGUUGUAUUUUCAGUAUAUUCAUGUGGUGACAGAAAUAAAAGAAGGCUCUGGUACAAACAAGGUUAUCAUGCAAAGUUUCAAUAAAAUUCAGUUUGUCUAAUUA